AGGAAGGGAUUGAAGGGAAGAGAGAAAGACAUGACAAAAAUAUCAAAAGGCAGAAAGCACGCCGUACCAUGCGAGCUAAACUGGUGACCGAUGGGAUCGAGGAUGUCGGAUUAAUGGUGACUACCGCAGCCCGUUUUCGCAGAGGAAGCUUCUCUAUUGCAACUUGGGCGCAGAGGGUCCGCGGGGAAACAUGGCCGAAGGAGGGUCGGGUAAAGGUGGCGGAGAAGACCCCGCCAAGUCCGCCGAGCAGGAGGAGGACCGCACUCGACCUCAGGUCCUGUCGGGAUCGGGCUUCUGCAAAUGGUUCAACGUCCGGAUGGGAUUUGGAUUUAUCUCAAUGACCAACAGCGAAGGGAGCCCCGUUGAACCCCCUCUGGAUGUUUUCGUCCACCAAAGCAAACUAGUGAUGGAGGGCUUCCGCAGCUUAAAGGAGGGUGAGCAGGUGGAGUUCACCUAUAAGAAGUCCUCUAAGGGCCUGGAGUCCCUGCGGGUGACCGGACCUGGUGGGGGACCCUGUGCAGGCAGCGAGAGGAGACCCAAAGGGAAGGUCCCAUUGCAGAAACGCAAACCAAAGGGAGACCGCUGUUACAACUGUGGAGGUCUGGAUCACCAUGCCAAGGAGUGUGGCCUGCCCCCCCAGCCAAAGAAAUGCCACUACUGCCAGAGCAUCACGCACAUGGUGGCUCAGUGUCCCCACAAGGCGCUGGCGCCCGCCACAGGCUCUCAGGACCAACAUGCGUCUACCUCGGCCUCUAGCCCAGGGACCGGGCCUUACCUCUCUCUCCCAGAGGAAGAGGAGCGCUCUGGCUCGUCUCCUCUGGAGGGCUCCUCCUCUUCCCCUGAGGAGCCCCAUACACAACGUGGCUCUCGGACCCAGAGGUGGAGGAAAUCCUGAAAUAGUCCAUAGGGGUGAAUCUUUCACCGCUAGCCUCUGACACCUCAUGUCUCCUCUCAAUCAAGGUUACCUGAAGCUCCCCUCAUCUACCUCACACCUGUGAAAAAUGGGAGGUCUUUAUUUCUUUACUUUUAUUGUUUUUUUUUGUUGUUGUUUUUUUUUUUUACAAUUUCUAACCAGCGCAGCUAUGGCAACGAUCAGUGGGGUGCGUGAUGGGCAAGAAUGUGUGUGACUGACUUGCAGUCAUUUGGUGCAGCUAUGGCAACCAUGGCUGGAAUGGUGACUGCAGGGGAUUACUCUUGUUUCAGUCUCUGCAGCACGAGAGUGAGAAAAAAACAAAAAACACUGUAUAAGUCUAGUCUUGAUGAUUGUUUUUGCCUUUGUACCCUUGGACCUAAGUGUUGGCCAUUAUGAAUGCUUUUUCUCUACACGACUAUCUUGCAGAUUUAAAGCCACAAAAUAUCCUGUAGGCCUAAUCAUUCUGAAAAAUCAUGAUGCAUCCUUUUAGCACACACAGUAGCUCAUCUUAAGAAGGAUUAGAAGAAGACCUCAAGACCUCAAGACCCUCUAAGCGAUAAUCCAGACCCGCAGGACCGUUAGCUUGGCUUCUAAAGAUCUUUAGGGAAACUUUAUGGAUCCCAGAGGGAAUUUUUUUAAAAAGACAGCCAGCUGCUAGAUCACACUCUAUACUUCUUAAACACUCACAUACAUACAUACAUACCUCUUACAUGAUAUAGACCGGACCAACUGAUUGUCAGACAUCAAACAUGUACAAGACUGAGAGAAAGCGUGUGUCCUGUGCGUGUUACGCAUGCUCGAACAGAAAGCAAAACUGUCAGACUGAAGCACCUCUUCCUCAGGUGUGAGUCAACACUAUUAACCCUUAUGUUUCCUAUUAUCAUAGAUAGACACAGUCUA